AUGUCUCAUUGCGCAGCUGAGCCUCGGGAAUCCCGCGCCGGGAGUCCCGAGAAGGUGCCGGCGCAGCAGAUUCGACAUCGGCGGCUUGUAGUAACGAGUCGGGCUAUAUCGGACCCGUUCGCGUUCUCGUUUGACGAUGGAGAGGAGAACGAGGAAGGGGAUGCGGCGGAGAGCUACGGUUGCGGCGACAACGAGCGAGACCCAGAGGAGGAGACCCUAGCAGCGCUCGACUGGCCCGCCCUCUGCGCCACCCUCUCGUCCUUCGCCUCCACCUCAUACGCCCGCCGCCUGCUGCUCUCCCUGCGCCCCCCCAAAGCCAAAGCACCCGCCCAGGCCCACCCCACACUCGCUGUCCCCUCUCACUCUUCCACCCACUCAGAAAGAACCCACUUGGAAAAAGCCCCUUCAGAAGAAACCCCGUUGUGGGGGUAUGCAGAGCUACAGGAGCAUUGCGAGGGGCUGCUGGAGGAAACAGCAGCGGCGAUCGAGCUGGAGGAGAGGGCCGGGGGCGCUGUGGACCUCAGUGGGGUGAAUGCCUCGUUAGUGGGUGAUGCGUUAAGAGUGCUGGGGCGCGGGAUGAGCGUGAGUGGGCGGCAGGCUGCUGCUGUGGCUGCGAUGAUGGUGGCGGCCAAUGGCGUGCGGCGAGGGGUCAUGGAUGCUGUUGCUGACGUGGAGCGAGGAGGGCAGGGCGGUGGAAGGGAAGGGGGUGGAAGGGAGGGGGGCGGAACUAGCCGGCUGCAUGUGCUUCUGGAUUUGCUCAAGCCCAUGGCCACCAGACCAGACUUGGUUCGGCGCAUCUGGUCCGCCGUGGACGAGGAGGGGCAGGUUCGGGACACAGCGAGUGCGGAGGCCAUCACCCUCUCUCCCCAGGCCAUCACCCUCUCUCCCCAGGCCAUCACCCUCUCUCCCCAGGCCAUCACCCUCUCUCCCCAGGCCAUCACCCUCUCUCCCCAGGCCAUCACCCUCUCUCGCGUGAUAGAGCCCACGUCAGCCGUGCAGCUGAACAACCGCUACAGCGAGGCCAGUGCGGAGGCGUGGCGGGCGGAGCAGGCAGUGCUGGCGGUGCUGUCACGAGACAUGGGGGAGGCGGUGGGGGACGUGCACGGGGUGCUGGAGGCGAUGGUUCGACUGGACGUGGUGAGUGCUGGAGGCGAUGGUUCGACUGGACGUGGUAGCGGGCAGGAAGCGGAGAGGGAAGUGAGGCAGGCGGAGGAAGAGGUGGGGCGAGCAGAGGCGGCAGUGCCUGUGCCGAUAGACGUGACAGUAAGGAGGGGGUGCCAUGUGGUGACUAUAACAGGGCCCAACACCGGCGGCAAGACGGCUGCCAUCAAGGCAGUGGGGCUCGCAGCUCUCAUGGCCCGAUGCGGCAUCUACGUGUUGGCAUCAUCACCCGCCCGCCUGCCUCUCUUUGACCUCGUGCUGGCCGACAUCGGAGACGCCCAGUCGCUCACGCAGUCCCUCUCCACCUUCUCCUCGCACCUCGUCCGCAUCAGAAGCAUCCUGGAAGCUGCCACCCCACGCUCCCUCGUGCUGUUGGACGAGCUAGGAGCGGGCACGGACCCAAUAGAAGGGGGUGCUCUGGCCACAGCAGUGCUAGAGCAUCUAGCAGGGGGGUCGGAAGAAGGUUCAAGUGAAUCUUCACCUGUUUCUUCUGCUGGUGCUCUGCUGACCAUGGCUACAACGCAUCACGGGCAGCUCAAGACCCUCAAAUACAGAGAUGCUCGUUUCGAAAACGCCUCGGUGGAGUUUGAUGACCAGCGCCUCGCUCCCACCUACCGCCUCCUGUGGGGCAUCCCGGGGCGAUCCAACGCGCUUAAUAUCGCGCAAAGGCUCGGGCUGCCUGGAGAUAUCAUUUCGGCUGCCCGGGAGCUGCAAGGCAGUGCAAAGAUGCAAGUGAAUGAGGUAAUAACAGCAAUGGAGGAAGCUAGAAGGGCGUAUGAGACUGAUGUGCAGGCCACUGCCUCUAUUCUAAGGCAAGCAGAGUCUCUUUAUUCUGACCUAACUUCAGCUGCCCGGCGCCUGCAGCUGCACCAGCAGGCGCUGCAGCUGGAUGGGCAGCAAAAAGUUCAAGCCGCGGUUGUUGAAGGGCAAAAGUCGAUCCGGGCAGCUGCCCGGGCAGCUGUGAGAAAAGCGAGGGAGGCAGAAGAAGCAGCUCUGUUUGAAGUGGGUGUGGCAAGGCAGAGAGGGGGGAGGGAGAAGGCGGGAGGAGCAGCUGGGUGGGGCACUGUGGAGGGGACGACAGGAAGCAGCAGAUUGCCCCAAGGUACGUGUGAGGGCUUUUGA